AUGGGUAAUGCUAGUGCAAAGUCAGCAGAGAUUCCGGAGCUACCGGCACCAGCUAAUGUUGAAAAACCAAAGCUAAAACCAUGCUGCGCUUGUCCUGAAACCAAAAGAGCAAGAGAUGCCUGCAUAAUUGAAAAAGGCGAAGAAGAAUGUGGAUCACUAAUUGAAGAACACAAAGCUUGCAUGAGAAAAAUGGGAUUUAACAUCUAG